UUCGGUUUCAAAUUGAUAAGAUUUUUUGCUUUGUUUUGUUAUUAUUAUUUAGUUUAAAUGCAAUAAACAAAUACCUUUAUUUCAGUUUUAGUUGUUGUUUUUACAAAAAUAGACUAUUUUUUAUUAAUAUUAUUAUUACUAUUUCACAACCUUUAUUUGUUUCUGGGAUGUGGACAUUUUAGUUACAAAGGAAAAGUUUUUUGCAACAAACUGCAUCAGCAUACAAAAAUCAAAGUUCAAUUUUAUAUGCUCACCGCUCAUUUGUCUAUAAGAAGAGAUAAUAAUCCUCUUCUCUUCGAACCACGCGCGUGUUAAAAUGCUAACCUACCUAACAAAGUAAAGUGUUUAGCUUAAAAAAAACAUUCGCUAAAGAAACCACAAAACAAAAUUUGUAGUGAAUAGAUAGAUACCUACCAGCUUAAAAGGCCUACACCUAUUAGUUAUAGUAAUUAAACCUGCUUAACAAAAAGUUCAAGUUUGCAGUUUGGGUUCAAGUUCAAAUUGCGAUGUUAUGGUUGAUUGAACAGCGGCUGUGACAAUGUUUUAUAAUCACAUAAUUUAUCGUUAACCGUCGUCCACCUCCUCCUUUUUGUAAUAAGUAUAGCAUUUUCUUAAUCCAAUUAAAUGCAUUUUCCAGGAAACAACAAUUGUACUGUGUGACUUUGUGGUCGUAUAACAUCGAUAUCACCUUUUAGUGUUUUAUCUAUUGGAAUACUGUUUAAGUAGUGUUUAUUUGUGGGAUAAGCCGUUUCCUAAUAUAAUAUAUAAAACUGAUUAUCGAUUAACUAUUUACUAUACUGAUUACCUUUAUCGCUUUGAAAAAAAAAACCUAAAAUUAGUUUAGAACUGCCCAAUGAAUAAUUAAAUUUUGUUCUUUCCUAAGUUUCACUGUGCAAUAUAUCGCCAAGCAAUAAAGUGAAACGGUCUAGGUACAUUACGGAUACGGUAGAAUUAAAAUAUACCUAGAUUCAAAUACCAGUGAAGUUAAAGUUUUUGUCCGUUAAUAUAAAAUAUUUGAUAUUCGAUAUGCUUCCUCCAUCUCCUAAUAAUAAUUCUAAACAAAGGACAAGUGAAAGUCCAGAAAGGGUUAAUUGUUUGGAAAAAAUUCAUGAGUGGUUGGAUGAAAAUCCAAAUGUUAAUGCUUGCCGAGAUGAAAAUCAUUUGACGUUUUUUUUACGAAGUUGCAAAUAUGAUCUUGAAAAGACAAAGAAGAAAAUAAAGUGCUUCUAUAUAAUGCGAGCUGAGCGAACUGAGUGGUUUGCUAACAGAGAUCCUUUUUUACCUGAAAUCCAAGACCUCCUUAACAUUGGUGUUUUCCUGCCCCUCGAGGAAAAAGACGAACUCAAUCGACAAGUUGUCAUAAUACGAACAUCAGCACACAAUCCCAAAGUUCAUUCUCAAAAUGAUGUUUUUAAAGUCAGCAAAAUGAUUUUGGAUUUGCUAUUAAGAUCUGAUGCGAGUAUGUCCAGUACUGGAAUUGUGGCCGUUUUUGAUAUGGAUGGUGUACAAAUCGGUCAUGCGUUACAGCUGACUCCAAAACUGAUAAAACGAUCUGUGGACAGCUGGCAGGUUUAUCCAUGCAAACCAAAGAUGCUCGAAUUUGUAAAUACGCCAACACAUGUUAAUUUUGUGCUCAACACAUUUAGACUUUUUAUGACUGCUAAAAUGCGAUCUCGGAUUGUUGUGCGUAAGGGAACCUCCGAAGCAAAAGUUAAACUGCCAAGGGACCUCGGUGGUACUGGAAUGAGUUAUAAAGAAUUGGCUUUGAAGUGGAAAACUGCCGUAGAAGAAAAUGCCGAAUAUUUUGCGGAGUAUGAGAAAUACAAAUCUAUUCUCAAAUGAACGAACCAGAGACAUUAUUAAAUAUAAUUUCGUUGUGAAUAACUUGGUUUAUUAGAUAAGUUUAUAAAACAUGUAUGUAGAAUAUUAAGUAACUGUUAAAAGACAUGUAAGCUUUCCAGACAAAUAAAAAAAUUAAGUAUAUGUAAGGUGUA